AUGGCAGCCAUGCUCCUGACAGCCUGGCCCCAGAAGUCGGUGACCUUCGAGGACGUGGCUGUGUACUUCACUCAGACGGAAUGGAAUGGCCUGUCCCCUGCACAGAGGGCCCUGUACAGGGAUGUGAUGCUGGAGAAUUAUGGAAAUGUGGCCUCCCUGGGAUUUUCGCUUCUCAAACCUGCUGUGAUAUUGCAACUGGAGGGAGCAGGUGAGCUGGGGGACCCAUCUCCACUGGUGGCUGGAACAGAAAUAGGCUCCCAGGGUGUCUGGACUGUAGAUAUUGAGAGCCAGACUGACAAUAACUUGACAAAGGAAAUAUAUAAAGAAAAACAUAAUACAUCAUUUGAACUUCAGAGGGACUUUUUCCAGGAAACAGACUUUUCAGAAGCCUGUAUUCUAGAGAAACAGCAGGAAGUCCAUUUAGUAGGAAGCAUGAAGAAAGAAAACAGCAGCAUCAUUGAUGCAACGGUGAAAGACAACACCAGCCCCGUGGAGGAAUGUUUCUUUAGUCCGAGUCCAAACUUCUUUCAUUGUCACACCGUCACCACUGGACAGCAGCCCCUUGAACAUAUGAGAUUGGAGAAAGGCUUCAGCUUUGAUACAAAACUUAUUCAGCAUGAACUAAUUAAUUCUGGGGAAAGAACUUUUAAAUGUGAAGAAUUAGUGGAAACCUUCAGGUGUAACUCUCAGCAUCAAAACAGCUACACUGGGGGAAAGCCCUAUCAGUGUAAGGAGUGUGGCAAAGCCUUUAGCGUUAAUGCAAAAUUAAUUUGGCAUCAAAGACUUCAUAGCGGGGAGAAGCCCUUCAAAUGUGUGGAGUGUGGGAAAAGCUUCAGUUACAGUUCCCAUUAUAUCACACAUCAGACCACCCACAGCGGGGAGAAGCCCUAUCAGUGUAAGGUGUGUGGGAAAGCCUUCAGCGUUAAUGGGAGUCUGAACAGGCAUCAGAGAAUCCAUACAGGGGAGAAGCCCUAUCAGUGCAAGGAGUGUGGAAACGGCUUCAGCUGCAGUUCCGCAUAUAUCACACAUCAGAGAGUCCACACUGGGGAGAAGCCUUAUGAGUGCACGGACUGUGGGAAAGCUUUCAAUGUUAAUGCCAAAUUAAUUCAACAUCAGAGAAUCCACACUGGAGAGAAACCUUAUGAAUGUAAUGAGUGUGGGAAAGGCUUCAGGUGCAGUUCCCAGCUUAGGCAGCAUCAGAGCAUCCACACUGGGGAGAAGCCUUAUCAGUGUAAGGAGUGUGGAAAAGCCUUCAGUAAUAAUGCAAAACUCAUUCAGCAUCAAAGAAUCCACACAGGUGAGAAACCCUAUGAGUGUACUGAAUGUGGAAAAGCCUUUAGUGUCAAAGGGAAGUUAAUCCAGCACCAGAGAAUCCACACGGGUGAGAAACCCUAUGGUUGUAACGAGUGUGGGAAAGCCUUCAGGUGUAACUCUCAGCUGCGGCAGCAUCUGAGAAUCCACACCGGGGAGAAGCCUUAUGAGUGUAAUGAGUGUGGAAAGGCCUUCAACGUUAAUGCAAAACUAAUGCAACAUCAGAGGAUUCACACUGGGGAGAAACCCUUUGAAUGUAAUGAGUGUGGGAAAUGCUUUACUUCUAAAAGAAACCUACUUGAUCAUCAUCGAAUCCAUACUGGAGAAAAGCCUUACCAAUGUAAGGAAUGUGGGAAAGCCUUCACUAUCAAUGCGAAACUAACUAGGCAUCAGAGAAUACACACUGGGGAGAAACCUUUCAAAUGUAUGGAAUGUGAAAAAGCAUUUAGCUGUAGUUCUGACUAUAUUGUACAUCAGAGGAUCCAUACUGGAGAGAAACCCUUUCAAUGUAAGGAGUGUGGAAAAGCCUUCCAUGUUAAUGCCCAUUUAAUUCGGCAUCAGAGAAGCCACACUGGGGAGAAACCCUUUAGAUGUGUGGAGUGUGGAAAAGGGUUCAGCUAUAGUUCUGAUUGUAUAAUACAUCAGACUGUCCAUACUUGGAAGAAACCCUUCGUGUGUAAUGUGUGUGGGAAAGCCUUCAGGUUUAGCUUCCAACUUAGUCAGCAUCAAAGUGUCCAUGGUGAAGGCAAAUCUUAA